GCUCUAAGUACACAAGGCUUGGCAGGAGUUGUUAACCUAAGAUUAUCCAUGCUCUCUUUUUGUAGGUGUGUGGAUUAGGAAACAGCAUGACUUCGGUGCCUGGCACAUACAGGAUCGUUUCUGAGGAGGAGCAGGCCUUGCGUUUGAAACUGGAGCGGUUGACCACCAAGGACCAUGGCCCAGUCUUCGGGAAAUGUGAGAGUAUCCCUGCACACACUUUGCAAAAGGCCAAGGAUGAACUGAAUGAGACACCAGAGAAGCGGGACUCAGCCGUGAAAGAGCUGCAGGACCUGGUCCGGGAGAGAGCUGAUGGAGGAGACGACCUCUGUAAAGCAGUGGCUGAAAAAGUGAAUGAAAAAGAUGGUGCAUUCUUCCUCCGCUUCAUCCGGGCCCGCAAGUUUGAUGUCAACAGAGCUUAUGAUCUGCUGAAAGGCUACGUCAGCUUUCGUCAGCAGUAUCCAGAGCUUUUUGAGAACCUGACGCCAGAGGCUGUGCGUAGUACCAUUGAGGCUGGCUACCCAGGCAUUUUGUCCAGCAGGGAUAAGUAUGGGCGGGUGGUGCUGCUCUUCAAUAUUGAGAAUUGGGACUACGAAGAGAUCACCUUCGAUGAGAUUCUCCGUGCCUAUUGUGUGAUCCUAGAGAGGCUGCUGGAGAACGAGGAGACCCAAAUCAAUGGCUUCUGCAUCAUCGAGAACUUCAAGGGCUUCACAGUGCAGCAGGCUUCUGGCAUCAAACCUUCAGAACUGAAGAAGAUGGUGGACAUGUUGCAGGAUUCCUUCCCAGCUCGUUUCAAGGCUGUCCACUUCAUCCAUCAGCCUUGGUACUUCACUACAACCUACAACGUGGUCAAACCUUUCCUGAAGAACAAAUUGCUGGAAAGGGUCUUUGUGCACGGUGAUGAACUGGAAUCUUUCUACCAAGAGAUUGAUGCCGAUAUCCUGCCAGCAGACUUUGGGGGCAACCUGCCAAAAUAUGAUGGCAAAGGCACGGCUGAGAAACUUUUUGGGCUCCGGGUGGAUGGCGAAGACACAGCUCUCUGAGAAAAAGAAAAGCAGCACCCCAAUCUAGCAAAUAGGGUCAAAGGUGGCUGUCAAACCCAGACAUCCUUUUUAUAUGUAGUGUUGGUUGAAAAGGUUUCUCAUGAUCACAAAACCCCAGGAUGCUCAACUUCUCGCAUGUUUCUUGGCCCUCCUGCCACCAGACAGACCCCAGAGCAUAGCAGACUCUGCUGUUUAAAACCCUUUUACCUGUCCUCCACCCUGGGAAACCAGAAGAACUGGUGAGAAAUGUCUGUGGCAGGAAGGCCAAGAGAAGAGGCAGAGGUACUGCUGGCUUGGUCUGCCUUGAAUCCAAGUGCCUGCGUAGUACAGAAGCUGAGAAGUGCCUUCUUCCCUUAACGAUUUACUGGUUUGUCUAAUGAAUAAUAGGGACGAGCAGGAAAUGUAGGUGCCCCAGUACUGGUUGUGCAGGAAGGAUUGGCUAAGGAAGGAAGAGAGAAGGAAACAAAGACCAAACAGACCAAAUUGUGCCCUUGCGACACUGUAAACAACUUCAUUCACUGUAGGACACUUCAUUCACAGCAAGGGAGUUCAGCAAAGACCUGUUUUCAGUUUUUUAAAAAAUAAACCCUGACAAAUAACAAA